AGGGAGGCGUGGGAGGGCGAGGGUCUCCGUCGCCUGUCCCCGCGCUGUCUCAUGCCCCACUGGCGUCCGGGCCUAUGGCAGCAGCCAUCUAUCGCCGCCGAAAUGAUGCGGGUUUGGAGGUGGGCCGCCCCCGCCUCCCGGCACAACCUGCCCGCCCGCCUGCGCGCCGUGCGGAGCAGCCGUGCGCCGAGGGACCGCGGCUCGGAGCAGAGCAUGGCCCGGCUGGCGGCCGGGCGGCAGCUGCGCCUGGGGCCAGGGCCACUGCUGUUGCUGCCUCUGCUGCUGGGCGUCCUCCUGCUGCGAGGUGGAGCGGCUGCGGCGGCUGAGCCGUGCCAGGCGCCGCGCCAGUGGGAAGGGCGCACCGUGUUCUAUGAGCAUGGCUCGGGCCACAACACGCGGGCCGCUGUCUCCUACGACAGCCUCAACCAGCGCCUCCGCGUCCUGGAGGAGAGGAAGGCACUCAUCCCCUGCAAGAAGUUCUUUGAGUAUAUAUUGCUUUACAAAGAUGCGGUGAUGUUUCAGAUUGAGCAAGUUACAAAGCUUUGCUCGAAGAUUGCUUUGACAGAGCCAUGGGAUCCAUAUGAUAUUCCUGCCAAUUCAACUUAUGAAGAUCAGUACUACAUUGGGGGACCUGGAGAUGAAGUUAUGGUACAGGAAUGGUCUGACAGAAAACCAGCCAGGAAAUUGGAAUCCUGGGUCGGCAUUUACACUGUCAAAGACUGUUACCCAGUACAGGAAACCUACACCAAGAACUACAGCGUGACAACCUCCACUCGCUUCUUUGACAUCCAUCCAGGUAUUGCAGACCCCUCCAUCUUCACCCCACCCAGCACCUGCCAGACAGCCCAGCUGACGAGGAUGAAAGAUGAAUGCUGAUUAUGGACACUGGCUGCCCUAUGCAAACACAUAUUAGCCAAGAGGAUGGUUAUUAGUAGUCAGUUGUUGAUAUCUAAGCUGAUUUUUCAUGCUAAUUGUUGCUCUUUUUGGAAUUUGUAAGUUUUGAAGACAAACUUGAAAGAGAACAUAAGCAUAUAACUGAGUUAAAUAUAUAAAACAAAAGAUACCUUUGAUCACAUUAAUCUGCUCAGUGAUGCACUUGCAGUAUUAUAUAGUUACCAAUGAGAUAAUAUUUCUAGAUACUAUUUAUUUAAGGUUGAUUUUUCCUUUUGCAAAGAUUGCAUUUAUUUUUUCAAGAAGACAAAGCAUAAGCAGAUAGCAACAAUGGUACUGUCUAGAAGAAAAAGCUAAAUUUUGUUGUCUUUUUUGUUGUUACUUCUGGAGACUUGAAGGGAAAGGUGACCUGUGUAAAACCUCAUCUCUAAGUAAAAGAUAAAAUUUUAAACUA